UUCCUUUAUAUUCCUCUUGACCAAAACCAGCAUGCCACUGUGCGGAUACGCCACGCAGACAGCAAAGAAGAAGACUUCGCGACUUAAGUUCGAGAACUGUUUCAUCGCAAGAUAGUUGUACUAUUCCCAGAUUAUAAAAUUACGAUUAACUUCAUCCGUUUAGCAUAUUUACGAACGCAGCCUGAUCAUUGACCAACCCAUCAGAGAGGGUAGGGCUUUCGGGUCACUAUCACCAUCAUCGAGACGAAGAGGAUAAGAAGACGGCGUACGAGGGAGGCCGUGUCACGCUUCGUUUCUCGCGUACGAGUCGCACGACCACGUCUUCUGCAGCCGUCUACACACUCGAAGGCCGAAAGCAAGCACACAUGGGCCUCUGCAACAAGAAGCCCGAGGAAGAGGACGUUGAUACGGGCCUAACGCGCACCGAAGCCAGGCUGCUGCGCAAGACAUGGCAGUACUACUGUCUUCACAACCGCGACUACGGGUACAUCAUCUUCCUCUCGUUCUUCAUCAAGACGCGUGGAGCCCUGCAGAUGUUCCAGCGGUUCCGACACAAGCCCCUCGGAGAGCUCCCCGACGACCCGCAGUUCCGAGCGCACGCCGCCGCCGUGACCUUCCAGCUGACCUCCAUGGUGGACAACGCAGACGACGCCGUGCUCCUGGAGGCACUGAUCCGCAAGAACGCGAAGGCGCACACCGAGCGGCAGGGCGUGAUGCCCGACCACUUCCGCAUGCUCGGAAGGACGGUGGUCGAGGUGCUGCACACCAGGCACGAGACGAACAUGACACCGAUCGCCGUUCUCGCCUGGGAGAAGCUAUUCGAGUACAUGGUGAGGAUCACGAAGCAGGUGUACGAGGAACAGAAGAUUGAGAUCAAGUCACUGGACGUCGACGGCUUUAUCAGGGAGCCAGACGCCGACGUUAAGGAAGGUGCGACCGGGGGUCGAUCCAGCGGCUCCACGACGCCGCAGUUGCGCGGCAAGCGGUCUCCAAAGGCUCUGCAGUCGCCUGCGGAGAGCAACCGCAGCACCCCCAAGGGCGGCAAGUCGCCGGCGACCGUCACACCGAAGGGAGGCCCGUCUCCCGCCAGGGUGCACGCUGACAAGUCGCCGGCCAAGAGCCCCCAGCCGCCCGCGACGCCGAAAAAAGAGUAGCUUAGAUAUAUCGACCUCGCGCGUAUGUGUUAGAAAUGUGUUAAUGCAACCGGCUGCACGUCCGAUUUCGUGCGCCUUUGGCGUAAGAGUCCGUAUGUAAACAGCAAAAUAAAGACGU